UUCAUUGAUUUAAAUAUUUUCUUAAUGACAUAUUUGACACCUUCCCAGCGAACCUAGCGGAACACAUACGGUUAGUUGGUAGAUGUGCAAAGAGAUUCUGAUACUGAAUGGAAUCAUACGAUGUUAUAGCUAACCAGCCUGUUGUUAUUGACAACGGGUCUGGGGUAAUCAAGGCUGGAUUUGCUGGGGACCAAAUUCCAAAAUAUAAUUUCCCAAAUUUUAUCGGACGGCCAAAACAUGUCCGAGUUAUGGCAGGAGCUUUGGAGGGUGAAACUUUCCUGGGACCGGAAGCAGAGGAAUACAGAGGUUUGUUGACCAUUAAAUACCCUAUGGAACAUGGUAUAAUCCGUGAUUGGAAUGACAUGGAAAGAAUCUGGCAGUAUAUCUAUUCAAAAGACCAACUACAGACAUUUGCAGAGGAGCACCCUGUCUUAUUGACAGAAGCACCACUAAAUCCUCGUCGAAACCGAGAGAAGGCUGCUGAAAUUUUCUUUGAAACUUUUAAUGUACCAGCACUGUAUAUCUCCAUGCAAGCUGUUCUCAGUUUAUAUGCCACAGGACGUACUACAGGAUUGGUCCUGGAUGCUGGAGAUGGUGUCACCCAUGCUGUACCUAUCUAUGAGGGCUUUGCUAUGCCUCAUAGCAUAAUGCGAGUUGAUGUAGCAGGACGAGAUGUCACUAGGUACUUAAGACUUCUCCUUAAAAAGGAAGGUUAUGAUUUUCACACCUCUGCGGAGCUUGAGGUUGUCAAAGCUAUUAAAGAGAAAAUAUGUUAUCUUCCUUUAAACCCAACUAAAGAAGAAGGUGUUGAAACAGAGAAGGUUGCUUACACAUUGCCUGAUGGAAAUACUAUAGAGAUUGGUCCAGCAAGGUUCCGUGCUCCUGAGUUGUUGUUUAAACCUGACCAAAUUGGAGAGGAAUGUGAAGGAAUUCAUGAAUGUUUAGUCUAUUCGAUACGCAAAUCUGAUUUAGACUUGAGAAAAGUGCUUUACUCAAAUAUCGUUUUGUCCGGGGGAUCCACAUUGUUCAAAGGCUUUGGUGACAGACUUUUGACAGAAGUAAAGAAAUUAGCACCAAAAGAUUUGAGAAUUAGGAUAUCUGCACCCCAAGAGAGAUUGUAUUCCACAUGGAUUGGUGGUUCAAUCCUGGCAUCAUUGGAUACUUUUAAGAAGAUGUGGGUUUCAAAGAGAGAGUACAAUGAAGAAGGAGUGAAAGCAGUUCACCGAAAGAUGUUUUAAAAACAUGGCAAUCAUUUCUCUCUACACCAGCUACAAUUAAUAAACACAGCCUACCCCUAUGCAUGUGAAGUUUAUGUAACAUAAUGAUUUUUGUGUCUGUGUAUAUAUUUACCAUUCUAUUUAUCUGUUUGACAGAACAAAAGAUGAAAGAAACUUAAAAUGUUUUCUUCUCAGAAUGUUCCACUCUACUAAACAGCACUAGGGGGGUAGUGACUAGAAUCGUGCCCAGGAGAUCUGAAAUUUAUUAAAUGAAAUGAAGGGAGAAACAAUUACUGAAAAUAUAAAAAAAUAUUUAUUUUAUGAAAAUAAUAGAAACCCAUUGACUUAUCAUUUUCUGUUUAGAAUUCUUUUGAUUUAUUUCUUGCUUACUUCAAGAACAACAAAACCCUUGACCCUUCCCCCAUACAAAAGAUAAUAAACAAAUUAUUUCAUCUCUCAUUUAUAUUUAAAAGUAAUUAUCUCCUGGUGAGUGAAUGAGUGGAUGAAAGUUGGUUAAAUAUUUAGUUAAUUUCUUUUCUAUGCUUUUCUCAUUUCAUUUAAACAGAUAUUGCUACUAUAGAUAUCUAGAGAAGGGACACUUAGAUGGGAGAAGACAAUUUUUAUUUUUUCACUUUUCAUUUUAAACAUCUGCUCAAGUUUGUACCCUCUUUAUGUUUGGCCAAAUGUCUUGAUUUAUUUAAUCUUUUGCUAUUGCUUGAUAAAAUAGUUAUUUUAUCCUUUCUAUUUCAUCCCACUGCAAAAAAAAAAAAAAAUCCAGAAAAGCCUGGAAAAAAUAACAAAAUAAUGAUCCAAAACAAAGAAAUUUGCAAAGUCAUUCAAAAGAAAUUUAAAGAAUGGUUCCUCUGAAUUGGGGGAAUCUCAAAUUAUAUAUUGUUUAUUGGAAUUUGUUUGACAGUUGAACAUAAUGAUUUAGCUGACAGAGCUAAAUGAUUAUUUCUCCAUGAUAUGAUGCCUUGCCAUCUAUCAUACAAGCUAACUCUGUGAUGCAUUCCGACUAAUAUGAACAAAGAAGAUAAUGUUUUCUUUCGUGUUUACUUCUAUACCAACACAAAUUAUUUUUAUCUCUUUCUGGUGAUGUUCUAGUUUGUUCCUCUAAAGUUUUAAUUAAUUGUUGCCUCAUUGAAGGUGAACCAUAAUCAAAUUGAGCUUUGCAAGUUAUUGUCACCAGCUGUUCUUAUAGACCGAUACUUCAGAUUGUGUCUGCUUUCAUUAUUUGCUGAAGGCAUAAAGAUGAAAACGAAGAAAGAGGCAAUUAUAAUGUUAAAUUCUUUUUAGUUGUUAUUUUUAGUUGUACUUGUUAAACAAUCUUUAGUUUAGAACCAUUAAUAAUAUUUAUAUUUCUGGAGACACUUUUUGAAUUUUGUGUCUUGAAUGUUGUUUUAGAGUAUUUUCAUUGCAGAAUUUCAAAAGUACUUAAUUGCAUUUUAGGUCUGUUGUAAAUCUAUUUCAUUUAUUUUCAUACAUAGAAAGCUUUGCAUUACUUGAGAGAGUCAGCCUGAAAUCUUUCAUUGUUCAAAAUAAUCAAAAAGCUCUAGGAUGGCUUAUGAUUAAUCAAAAAAAAUUAAAAGCAUCAAGUAAACUACUCUGUUAAUAAAAUGCUUUUGGUUUUCCAUACUGUCUUGGUGAAUGACCAAUUCCUAACCUUUUGUUGAGCAAACAAUAAACUUUGUAAAUCUCAAUCAACUUUUAAGCUUUGUGAUUUCUCUGUUAAUUCUGGUACCAGUGAUAUUGUUGCAUCUUAAAACUCUGAAGUGUUACUGUUUGCUGAGAUGUUAGGGAAUAUAUUGGACAUAAUUAUAUAGGAUUAGAUAUGACAGGUUCUGUUAUACAAUACAAAGCAAUAGUGUUGCAUUAAUUAUAGGAUAUAGUCUUGUAUAGAACAAGACAGAAUCUAUUACAAAUUAGGAUAUAAUGCAGUCUAUCAUAGAACAAGUCAAAGAACAAUUUUGUACACAACAUACCUUACUGCAGUCUUUCAUGUAGAACAGAGAGUAAAUUACAUUGUAAUUACAAAUUAAAAUAUAGUGCAGUUUGGUAUAGAGCAGGCAGUAAUAUUAUUAUAGAACUAAUCACAAUAACUGUUAUAGGAAAGGCUAUAACAAUGUUUGUUUUAUGGAACAUGUUACACAAUGUUAUAGAAGGGGUAAUAAUACGAUGUUUUUGAAGAGGACUUCAAUGAAUUAGAUUUUACUCAUAUAAUAUGAAAUCAAAAUGUUGGUUAGAGAUAACAUGUUUCUGCUUUUACAAUAGUCUCUUUAAUUUACAUGCGUGGCUUAAUUCUUAUUUCAUAAAUUUUAAUUGCACAUAUGGUAUUUUUUCAUAUUGUUUACUUUAUCUACUACACUACUAUCAUUUCACAAUCUUCUGAGUUUGUUUCAUCUUUUAAAACAUUUCACAAUUAUAUCUUGUCUAUUUUGAGUUUGCUGUCAGUUAAUUAUAUUUUCAUUGUCUUAGGCUUUUUCUUUGAAUUGUCUUCAUUGCAAUUGGAAUAAAUAUUGCAACUUUAUAUAUAUAAUAUAUUAUUAUUGGGGGCCCACAUUGAUCAUGCCAGUGGAAUCAUGAUUUGAGAUUUAGUGAUAAGUAAUCUUUUCACACUUAAUGGGUUUUGUGAAGGAUUCUUGCAGAAUAGAAGAUAAGUUUUAAGCACUCUGCUUUCUAGAUCUCAGCUUAUGGUAUUGUUCUCAGUACUCCAAUGACUAAAGGAAUUAAUAUGUCCCUAAUUGUUUUUCAGUUCAUUUGUCAAAUUGACAUAUUUCUAAAUCUUGUCUGUUUCCUUUCACAUUGAAGUGAUUGUUUGUCUCUAUUGCAAUAAUGUAUCUUGUAUCUUCUUUACAUGGUCACUUAGUUCUAACAAUUUCUAGAAAGUGCUUACAAAAUUUAUUUUUAAUACUGCCUUCUGAUUGGCUCAGAGAAUCAAAGGAGCAUUGAACAAAAGGCCUUACAGUGUUUGUUCAGGCUUUUUGCUGCCAGUGUUCAAAUUAUGUCAUGGUCAGCUUUGCCUGUCAUUCUUCUGGGAUCAACAAAAUAAAGUACCAGUCAAGUACUGGGGUCAGUUUAAAUAAAUUCCCUCUCCCUGUGCUAGAAACAUAAUUUUUAUAAGGGCAGUGGAGUGGCCAAAUUGCAGUAUUUAUGUUCAGUUUAAAAUCUUACCAGUCAACUUUACUGUCAUCCAUCUAAAGUCUAUAAAAUAUAUGCCAGUCAAGUACAUGGCUUGAUUUCAAUGACUAAAUCCUUCUUAAAAUUUGUGGCCUUGUGCCUAUAUUAGAAGUAAUUAUUAUUACAGACACAGGAGUUGUAAUGGCUAAAGUAACAACACACUUGACUAAAUGCUUUACAUUCUGAAGUUUUGUGUUGCAACAAUUCUGAGUUCAAAUCCAGGAUUGACUUUGUCUUUCAUUCUUCACUGUUUGAUAAAAUACCAGGAAAUUGCUGGGAAUGAUUAACCCAAUGUAAAUUCUUUUUCUAACAAGAAUUACUUUUGUCUAAGAGAAGAAAAAUCAUUAUUAAUAUUACCAUAAGACUAGAAAAGCAACUGAUUAAUAUUAAACAAUCUAUUAAGUAAAAAAUAAAAAAUGAGUAAUAAUAAACGAUAUUACAUUAUCAUUUCUGAAAUUCAAAAUAUUUCCUAAACAUAACAUGAUAGAUUGUCUUUUAAUUUCUUUAAGACUAUUUUCAUUUUCCUUUAAGUUAAGACUUUAUUAUUUUUGUUUUCUUUUAAAACAUUUCAUGUCACAAUUGUUUCACUUGGCAGUAUCUUGUUAUUAACUGAUAAAUAAAUAAUUGAAAAUAAUAUUUACUUGAGUAUUGUUUUGUCAGAUUUUGCUCUGAGUUAAUUUGUUUUCCGUAUUGGAAAUAUUUAUUGAUAUUGUUUUUUUGUUGAUGUUUCUAGAAUUAUGGUAAUUGUUGUGUGGCCCCAGCCAGAUUUUCCUGAUCAGAGCUAAGGCACAGCCUUCUAGGCAUAUUGUUAGUAUAUGAUAUCUGCCUUGCCAAGUUGUAUUAAACUUUGGACUUCUGGCUGUGACUAUAUCUUUAUUAUGGGAGGAUGAAUGCUGCUAUGAAAUUUAGGAUUUAAACAUGUGGUCAACAAUGAUAAGGAGUUUGUUGAGAGAGAGAGAGAGAGAGGGUUUUGGAUGCUACGUAAAGCUUGCCAUAAAACUACAGACAAUUUCCUUUCUUGGCUUCUUCUGUUAGUUCCCUAAUUUUCAUCUGUUUAGUCUUAAUAUUUGUGUUAAUCUAAGGAGCAUAAGUUGUGUACCAAUUUCUAUUGUGCGCAGGUUCUCUUUCUUAUUGGCAAGUCUGUUGAUCUGUUACAGGUUCCAUGCACCAUUUUAUCAUGGUGAAUAUUCUUUAGAGAUUGUAUCAAACUAACUACUGUCAGGUGUUUAGCAUUUCACAUGCUGUGUCCUAUAUAUAUAUAUAUAUAUAUACACACACAUACAUUUCUUUUGGCGGAUAGGUCUCCUGACGUCUUCAUUUUCAAGCUGUUAAAAGUUGUAUUGAUAUAUGAGUCAUAAUUGGUUACCUCCAUGAAUAGUUAAUUUUCUCACUAAUAUCAGUGUCUUUUAAUAUCAGCACUUAACCAUAUCUUUGGGGAUUCUACAACACAUUUAAGUUUACCUGUAAAGUAAUUUUGUGGGCUUAAACAUUGUUAGAGAGAGAAGGUGUGUGUAUACAAUUUUGAUGUGUUUUAAUGUUUUAUUGUAAGUCAUGGAAUCCUUUAACUUAAUGUUUUAGCCCUAAAAUUUCUUUAUAACAAAACUAAAUAUGCUUUCAGUUGAAGUAGUAAAAUUUUAUUUCUGUAGAAUGUGUUACGAAAUUAGAACAUUUCAUUUUAAGUGAUUAUGUAAAUUUUCAAGUUUAUAUUAAAGGUAGUAUGAUUAUCGUUAAUCAUUUAUACACACAUGAAGACACAAUAAAUACAUAUAUAUUAGCCAUUAUAAAUUUAUUAAUUGUACUUUUAUGCUAUUUUGUGAGGUUAAAUUUUAUGUUAUUUUGUGAGGUUAAAUUUUAUGCAGCAAUAUUUUAAGAAAUAAAAUGAAGCAUGUAGAAAAGAAUUGAUGCAAUGUUUGAAGAAGUCUGAGAAGAUAUAUUGAAAAAGCCUAAACUGUUUAAUGUCUGUGUUAUUUUCCUUGUGUGUCCCAUAAAUAGAGCUAACAUGCAACACAUCUAUUUUACUGUCUGGACAGAGAACAAGAUUGAGGUUGCUAGUGUGUUGAAGGGGUGAUUUAAAAUAAAAUGAAAUAAAUUCUCAUUAAUUAAUACUC